AUGCUGAUGCUUAAACCACAUACCCUUCAAGUAAAGUCUGACGCGGAUGAAUUGAGGCUAGCUGAUCAGAGAUACGAAUUCAGAUUCGAAGAGAAAUAA